AUGUCCGCUGUCCAGAACACUGCCAACGCCGCUGGCGACAACAUCAACGCUGCGGCGCAGACUGCUUCUCAGCAAGCCAGCAACCUCUCGAACCAAGCUUCUCAAGCUGCUGGCGAUCUGUCCAAACAAGCAUCGGACGCUGCCAACAAAGCUACCCAGCAGGGAGGCGUGAGUACGGGCGCAUUUUCGCUUCGCGUGGAAGUGUUUCCUGACCCUCGCUUCUGCACUGCACCUGGCCGCUUCCCUCAUAGUCCCUCUUGGAGCAGGCUACCCAGCUCGUCACUGACUCUGUCGCCUACGCUCAGCAUCAAGCUGGCGCUAUUCUCGGCGGCGCCAAGCAGCAGGCCGGCGAUGCAAAGGACCAGGUGAGUGUGGUGAAGUGAUUCUGCAUCUUGGAUGGUUCGUGUAUGCUCAAAGGCUCCGCUGCCUGCGUACUGGUUGCGCCCAGGCUUCUGGUGCUGCUGACCAGGCGAGCCGCGAUGCCUCCAACUUGACGAAGCAAGCGUCCAAGGAGGUCAGUGGAGCUGUCGAAUCGUGUUCUGCUGGAUGUGCCCGGUCGAAUUUGCGUUCUACGGUGGUAUCUGACUGGAUGCUUCCUUCCUAUGCAGGGCCAGGCAAAUGCUGAGGCAGCUCAAAAGUCCUUGGCAGACCUCGUUCAGCAAGGUCGUGAGCUUGGAGCCAAUGCAUUGAACCAGGCCAACGAGUACGUCAAGCCUCAACAGGCUGGCGACGCCGCCUCUGGAUACGUUGAUCGUGAGUGCAAGGUGGACGCCGCCGCGGCGCCUGCCCUUACCUCCUCGCGCCCAGUCGCUCACAUGUUUCCUCCACUUUCCACGCCCCCACAGAGGCUCGCGGCAUUGCAUCCAACGCCAUCCAGCAAGCCUCUGGUAUCAUUGGUGGUGCGCAGAACCAGGCCAGCGAAGCCGCUGCCACUGCUCAGCAAAAGGCCAGCGAGGCCAGUGCUCAAGCUCAGGGUGCAGUCAAGGGCGCAACUGGCAACUAG